AAAAAUUAAAACGGCUAUACGUUAAAAGUUUAAACCCCUCCCCCGAAUCUUAAACCCUAAUCACAGAGUGAUAUUCUAGCAGUCAUGGGAAGACCUAGCGAAGCAGCGGGGAUGGAAGCGCUGCACCAGCUGAAAUCGACAGAACCUCCGCAAUGGCUGGCGCCGUCGGCAUCGCUCUCGGAGUCAGCACGGGCGGCCUCUCAGCACCUGUUCGCGUCUCUCAGGCCUCACGUUCGGAAAUCGCCGUUCGAUGAACUGUUGGUCGAUAAUUUUGACGCCGAGCAAAUCUGGCAGCAGAUAGACCUGCUGACGCAGCCACUGGUUCGUAGCAUCCGACGACGGGUCAAGCACUGGGAAAAGAAUCCCGCGGAGAUUGAGAAUUUGCUCCCAGAGGUUGCUGAUGGAGGUAAGAAGGUUGCUCAGGGGAAGAAAAUGGAAGAGAUUGAUGACGAUGAUGAUGACGACGGUGGUGAUAUGGACAUGGAUGAUGAUGAUGACGAUGAUGAUGAGGAGAUGGAUGUUGAUAAUGAUGGAGAGCAGGAUGGUGGGAAAGACGAAGGGGAUGAAAGUGAAGAAGAGGAGGAAGAGAAAAGUGGAGGGAUAGAAGACAAGUUUUUGAAGAUAAAGGAAUUGCAGGAGCAUUUGGAGGAUGAAGAAGCUCGGCAUUAUGGAUUGGAUGCAAAGAAUAAGAAGAGUAAGAAGAAAAGUGGAAGCAAGAAAUUGGAGGAUGAAGAUGAUGACAGUGAAGAGGGCGAAGAAGACAAGGAGGAAGAUGAUGAUGAGGAUGAAGAGGUCGAUCUCUUUGCCGGAGGAGACGAUGAGGAUGAAGAGGACGAGAUGGGAAACGCCAGAUAUGAAGACUUCUUUGGCAAAAAGAAAGGAGGCUCAGAACCGAAGCCCAGAUUUAAAGAUGAGUUGGGGGAAGAUUCAAGCUCAGGUGAGGAGGAAAAGGAGGAAGAAUUAAGCUCAGAUGAUGAUGAUGAUGAAGAAGAAGAUGAUGAUGAGAAUGUGAAUAAGAAACCGAAAGUCCUUUCUACCCAUGAAAAAGAAGUUCAGAAAAUCAAAUCUGAGAUAGAGAAAAUGGAGAAAGCAAAUCUGGAUCCAAAAACCUGGACCAUGCAGGGAGAGGUAACAGCCGCAAACAGGCCCAAGAACAGUGCAUUAGAAGUUGAUUUAGAUUUUGAGCAUAAUGUUAGGCCUGUCCCUGUAAUCACUGAGGAGGUCACUCAAUCACUUGAGGAGAUUAUUAAGAAAAGGAUCAUUGAGGGACAAUUUGAUGACAUUAAAAGGGCUCCUGGUUUACCCUCCAAAGCACCAAGAGAAUUGAAACCAGUGGAUGAAAAUAAGAGCAACAAGGGUCUUGCUGAAGUUUAUGAGGAGGAAUUUGUACAGCAGACAGAUCCAGCUGCUGCUCCAUUAUCUUUCUCGGACGAACAGAAAAAGGAGGCAAGCACCUUGUUCAAGAAGCUCUGCUUGAAGUUAGAUGCACUUUCUCACUUCCAUUUCGCCCCAAAACCUAUUAUAGAGGACAUGUCCAUCCAAUCAAAUGUCCCGGCUCUUGCCAUGGAAGAGAUUGCCCCAGUUGCAGUUUCAGAUGCAGCUAUGCUGGCUCCUGAGGAAGUCUUUUCAGGAAAAGGGAACGUUAAAGCAGAAGUAGAGCUUACACAAACAGAAAGAAAGAGAAGGAGAGCCAAAAAGAAGCGAAAGUUUAAGGCUGUGGAAACAAAAAAGAUGGCAAGUAAAAAGGCGAGAGAAGACGAGCUGCGAAAGCAGAAAGAAGCUGCAGGGAAUGGAGAAGAACAAUAGCUUCUUUACUGAGUGUAUGGCGCUGUUCCGUUCAUUUCGGCGAACUUUCAGAAGCUCAUCCCAGCAUCGUUUCCAGCUGAAUUCACCAUGUGGAAGCAGUGAACGAAACAAAAAUACCUGUGGAUGGAGGGGGACUUGCUGAAGCAUCAACUCAAGGGCGCGCUCUAUUGAUAUGAAGCUGCAGAAACCGAUCUCUGGGAUAUAAUCGAUAGAAAGAGGAAAAUUUUGAUAUGUAAUUUAGUGUAUGAAAUGUCAGGGCUGAUUAUAUAGAGUUCUUGGCUCUCUCAUUGCUUCGACUUUUCCACCCUUCUUUCCUUCCAAGUUAUAGAGUGGUUCAAAUGGAUACAUUGAAACUUUUUGACUCAAGUAUUGAAACUUGAAAGGGCUAAGCUGAUCAUUCUGAGACGUUUGACGCGAUUGGAUAGACCGUAAAUCGUAAUAAGGCUACUUGCUGUAACGAUCAUCACUGCACAAGUGGAGAUGACAAAAUGGGUUUCAAGAGUGACUGUACAACA